UCGGAGCACUGCCGUCCUUCAGGGCUCCAGCCUCUUGAUAUUUUUAUACCUCAAUAUCUGUUCGAUAUAGCAAAAGAGAGAGAGGAAGGGGGGAGAGGAGAGAAGAGUGAGAGAGGGAAAGAGGGGUGGGAAUUACACAAAAGAGAGAACCAAAAAUAAUUUUGAUUCCUAAGUUAAUGCGCUCGCUGAUCUGGGAUUUUCAGUCAUCAUGAAGGGUAAAUGGACAAUCGGCCCAGGACUGACGCCUGAUACCAUUUUUCAAAGCCAGAACUUACUCCAUUUUCUAUGCAAAUAUCAGAAAAGCGAAACAACCUCCCUCUCAAGUCUGAGAGAGGGAAACGACGGCUCUCAGGUUGGGACAAUAUUAUCGGGAAGCUGAAGAAGAAACCGAACGCGCCUUUUUCCCUCCCUCUCCACCCAUUUGAAUCCGGAGAAGGAAAAAAAACCCCAAGUUCUGCAAAGGUAAGGGAGAUUCUACAAUUCUUAUUCUUUUGCAUCGUUUUUUUUUGCAGGGGGUGGGGCUUAGGCUUUUCUUCCCCCUCCUCCCCCAUCCCAAGAUCGGGUUGAACCCCACCUCUGGGCGCUGCUGGGAGAAGCUUCCCAGGAAAUUCUGUGGUAAAGAGAGGGGUGGCUGCUUCCUGGAGGGGGAACCGCUGCAGGGAAGAUGGGGGGGAGGAGAAACGGAAAGUGGCCUCGGAGGCCAGUUUUAUGCUGCCUUUUUAGCUGGGAGAGAGAAUGUGGUGGUGUCUGGGCUGCAGCCGAGCUGGCCAGUCGCUCUGGCCCUGGUGGAUUUGUGCUCACCUCCCUCCAUCUCUCCCUGGUCCUGGCCUCCCCUGAUUGCCCCCGUGCGGUUUUCUUGCCCAGUGUGGGUAACGGCGAUUUCCCGGCUGCAUUGGCACGAGGGGCGGUGGCGCUGAGGGACGUCCUGGUCUCAGUAGGGCCUGGAAUCUCCGCUGAGGCCAGCCGAGGGCAGCGAGGAGGCUAGAGUGACAGAAAAAGGACAAUUCACAGAGAAAUGUUCGCUAUCUUACUUCGGAGACAUUUCUGAAAUUAAAGGGUUGUGGGUGAAGGAAUCCAAAGCGAGGGAGACUCCCCAGGAAGCUAGCCGAGGAAUGCCCAGGUCUCUUGCCACUCCCGCCGCCCGAGGGAGCCUCGUCUUCAGGGAGAGAGUUUUGUGGUUUGAACGCGGUAGGUUAAAGUCUGUUGGUCUGUGUGUGAUCGAUUCUGUUACUUGUGUUUUAUCGGGUAUAGGAUGUGUGGAUUUUGGUGGAGAAAAUUGCAUAUCUGACAUGGAAGGAUUUCAAACUUUCCUGGAUUCAAAUGUGGUGGUUGUGAAAUGAUUUUAGCAUGCUGUUUUAGGCUUAUACACAAAAUAAAUUUGACGUGGGUGUGCGGGGCGGGGCGGGGGAGGCGAGGAAUACAAAGCAAGAAGGAAACCUAACUAGAGAAUCCAAUGGUGUGGGCUAAAAAAGCCUUCCGAGGAGGCUGAGUUCAGAGCUAAGUCCUGUCUCUCACCGCCCAAUUUUGUUGCAUAGCUUUCUGGAGGUGGGGGAGGGGGAAGAGCUGCUGAGUAUGAGACCGAUUCUUAAAGAAGCUGGGGUAGGGUUCAGGCCAGCAGGUGAGGGCUAAGAAAUGGGGUAAAGGGUCUCUAGGGAAGCUAUCCGCAGAGAAAUAAGUCACUUUGGGCACGAAGGACAGGGGACAUUGUGAAUUACUUUGGUUUGCAGGAACAGAGAUUGACUGACUGCCUUUCUGUUUUCUUAAAAGCCUGUGCAGGUCGUUCAGGCUCAGGCUUCUGGUUGUCUAGAAUUUUAGGAUUUGGGGCAAGUGUGGGGCUACAAUGGUCUCCUGAGCUAUUAGGAAAAGGAAACUCAGACACUUGUGGCAUAGGACUGGGGCUCCCUGGGGGACCAGAAGAACAGGCCUGGACUGGGCUCAUUGAAACACAUUGACUUCUUAGCAAAAGGAAUUAAUCGCUAGCGUCUAGGACUCUUGGACCUUACUCAUGACGGGAAAAUUCCCCCCAAACCCACUCAAAGUAAAGGUCUCCCCCCCUCUUCUAGUCUUGGUGGAUUAUAAAUCGUCCCUUAGACAAUUUCCUCUGACCCAAAUUAUGCAGUUUGCUGCCAUCUACCGUCCGUUCGGGGACAGGCGGCUUCGGCACAGCCAGCCUCUCGAUACUCCCCGAGCCCUGCGUGUUUGCUUGGAGCUCGGGCCGCGCGGUUCCGUGGGAUUCUGGCCCAUGCCGAUGCUCUCUGCUGCAUCUUAGUCCCCGGAUGCAGAUUUUAGAAAACGGAAUGAGUCUCUUGUCACAUCAUCCGCGACCUUCUCCCAUCUCCUGCAGACCCUCCACUCAUCCCAGCCACAAACCUGGAGGCUGGCAGAGGAAGAGGCAGAUGUUGAGAAAGGAGUAAUACUAUAUAACCCACGGACAGGAGGUACUGAGUCAAAGGGUUGAGGGUUCAGCCGCACGACCCUCAUCACCACCUAAGACAGGAGACACGAUUGGGCCUCUGGAGAGGUGUGAGGCCAAAUCUGUUCAAGGUUUAUUUAGUUUUCGUCACAGCCAAGCGGGGGAGGGGGGUGGUCAAGGGAGGCGCCGACCGGACAGUUCCACUCGGUUGUUAAAGACAAACCCAGUCUGUAUUCUUCCAGUUGGUUUGUGGUUAUUGCCAAUUCCUAAGCUGUUGAGUCCGUGGUGAAGGAGAUGAACUGAGUUUUCUGGAAACUGGUGGUGUCUGCAAGUGAGUGUUGGUCCCUUCCCCCAUUCUCGAUCGUUUCACGCGAAAUCGGCGCAAAAAAAAAAAAAUGUCUUUGGUGGAAAAUCGGGAGUGAGGAGAAACCAUUAAAAAACCAAAACCAAAAUCUCUGUAAUUUCCGUUCCUGUGGGACCCCUCACACCAGGUUAACGGAACCGCUUUCCCAGAAGGGGGUGUGGAGGGCUUGGUGAGCGCCUCCGCCUCAGCGUUGGAGUGUUGACUCCUGUCUCACCGGUUACUUAUUAGCUCGGGCUUUCAAGCUGCAAGAGGAAGCUCUGGCUGCCCCUUUCAAGGUGCGGUGGCCCCCGUUCCUGGGCGGGGGCUGCAGGAAAUUGCCUGCUGUGCCAGUUAAGCCAAGGUGUUACUAAGGUCUGGCUGUGUAGUGCUGGGGGCACACCCCCCCGCCGCGGCCCGGCGCCCUAGAAGACUCCAGAGUCUGAGCCUCUCUCUGGAGCAGGUCUUUAAGCUUUCCCCCCCUCUGCUUGGAAAGAGUGACUUCUGGCGGCUGCACCACCGGGCUUAGUGAGUCGCUCCACGGGAGGCCCCGAGGGAUCUAGCAGGAAGAUCUGGGCCCUCCUAAAUUUUUUUUCUUUUGGGCAAUCAGAAGGAAACAUAGGGAGGGGAAGUCAAGCUACUAUACAGAGGCUUGAAACACUUCGGGGCUCUUAAGGUAAGGGUGAACGGGGGAGUGGAGUGAAGGCUCACCCACUCCUCCUAGAAGAUCAGAAAGGAUACCGCUCAUUUGCAUAAUGGAAAUGAGGUCUUUGUACCUCGAUUUGGAUCAGUCGAUUUUAGGGCAGAGUGUUCAAGUAAAGAGCCUCUUUCCAGUCUGUGGGAGCCACCACAUUGCACCACUGGGGAACAUUUCAGACAACCAGAAUCCAGGGGGAGAAUUGGGUUUAAAAGAUUUUCAUCAGCCCCACCCCAGGUAAAGUUGAGGAUGAGAUAGGAGAAGGUACUUUCUAUUUAAGGAGCUGGGGGGGGGGUGCUUUGUAUCUUAGGGGAAAUAGGAAGCCUAGCUAUUGUCUCACCUCCUCCUCAUGCAGCAGGCAAAUGCUAUUCCUAAGAACAUCGCCUUCUGGAGAUUUCACUCCUGAGCUGAACAUGACUUCGGCAACAUUUCUCUGGGAGCUGGAAUGUGUGUGCUUACCCACGAGACUGCAGACUCAAAGCACAGAAAAUCACAAUUAUAAAUCCUGCCUGUGGGUUAGCAGGACAAUCCCUGCGCUGUGCACUGAAGACUUGGGAUACAUUUACUUCCCUCCCUCGGUGAUGGAGAACUGGCUGCUGCCUGCUGUGUAUUUACAUAUUUCCUGGUGGAGACAGACAAACUGAGGUGGAUGGAACCACCAACAGAUCAGUAGAGAUCUGGCUCCAGAAACCAGGCGGUCUCUGGCCCAGCUCUGCCUGCCUGCUCUUUUUCCCAAACAAACGGAUCAGAUGAAUAAACGCUCAUAAAUACCUCUGGGCUUAGAUAAGAGCGAUGAGGCGCUAUUUCCUUUCAUGCCCGACUCCAGGCGCCCUGGCCCUGCCCAUAGUGGCUCCAUCUCCAGACAGGCAACCUGCAGAGGUGAGGUUAAUUUGAGGGCUGCUACUUUAAAGAAUAAAGCAAUUAUUUUCCUGCUUCUAUCACAGGGGAGGCCUCCUCUCUCACCUCCUCUUACCUUUUUUUUUUUUAAAAAAAAAAAAAAAACAUGGGCCGUCUUUAACAUACCAUCUUUCCUAUGCUGAGGGCAUUGUGACCAGAGAGAAGGGCUGAGGCCCAAGGCCCAGCCUCAGUGGCAAGAUUGGGGGAGGGGUAAAUAUUCUUCUGCAUCUUGUUCCCUUGCUGAAACAGCCCGGUACUCCUUUCUCAGUAUAGGCCCAGACAUUUCUAGGUUGGAGCAUUUCUGCUUUCUUCAUCAUUAGAAGGUUUGAGAUCUUUUUAAAAAAUCCACUGCCCCCCCCUCCAUGGUUUAAAGCUAAAGAGAGAGACAGCCAGGGAUGGUCAUUGUGCCACAAAGGGGCAGCCUAGCAGUUGCUUUGAGUUCAAAGAGCUUCAGAGGCCACUUUGCAGCCAAAUAAAUCCUCACUUUUGAUCACCCACCCUCAGCCCUUUCCUAUUAUCAGUGGGCAGAAGUGGACCACAAAAAGGAGCCCAAAAGAACAAGGCAGAGGUGGGUCAGCCUGGCCUGACCCCAGACAUCAUUCUUACAUCCAUUCCUCCCUAUGUUCGGGUUGGAAGGGAGGUUGUACUCUCUUAACUGUCUGACCUGUGUGUGCAUAUUAGACUGUCAGAAAUACAGUGUGUGCCCUAGCUUGGGGUCUGUGCUCGUUUUCUCUGGGUGAGAGAAGAGAGCAAGAGUGUAGAUGCCCAAGUUUUCAGGGCAGCAAAGCAGGUGAUACAAACAGGAGACAUGGGAAGGGACAGGAGAGUGGCUAAGAGACCUGAUCGAAAGCUAGAGUGGGCAUGCCAGGCGAAGACUGGAAGGUGGUUACUGAGUCCCUAGGUGGACUUAGCAGCCUUCCUUCCGUAAACGAAAUUUAAACCAAGUUUUGGAAUGGGAUUUCAAAGGUAAUUGACAAUUCAUAGAGAAAGCAGGACGGAAGAGAAGGUUCUUUUCAAUGGGCUCUCACCUUCUCCAAGGAGGAGCUGAAGACUCCCUCCCUCCCUCCUCAAAAUAGGGUUUCUCUGAGUAGUAGCUCUGGCAGUUUGCAGACCAGGCUGGCCUCGAACUUGGAGAGCUGCCUGUCUCUGCCUUGCAAGUGGUGGGAUUAAAAGCGUGCACCAUGACCACCCAUCUACUGACAUUUCUAAGAGGGCAACUUCUUUCCCGUAUCUAGGUUUACUGGGACAUUCUUGAUUUUAAGGCUCUGUAGCCAGGAACCAUUCUUACAUCAUUUGGGGUGAGGGAGAAGGAUGGCUUGAGUGGAACCAGAGUGAGGGUAGCAGGCAGAACAAAGAUGCAGCAGAGUCACCUAGGCCAGGGCCUGCGGCUUUCCCCGAGCUCUAGAUCACCAAAUUUAGAGAUUGUUAGUUUCUUUCUCCGGAGCCCCAAUCCCAUUCGAGACUGCAAUCAGGCUGGCUGAGCUAUCUUGCUGUCUAUUACUUAAGGACCGGCUUGUCAGAAGCUACUAGCCUAGUGGAGCAACCAGAGGGAGAAGCUUGGGCUCACAUACCCCAUGGCAUUUCCUUCUUCUGGGUCUUCUAGGCAGAGGGAUCUGGUUUGCCCCCUCUAACCUUGAGAGUUGUGGAGAAGCGAGGGAUGUGAUAAACCUAAGCUUGCAAGAGGGAGAGACAGACCUGGUAAACAGGACAAACGAUUUUCCAAACCUGCUAAGGAGGGCGUUUCUUCUUCCCCUGUUUCUAAAAUGAAGCAAAUUAGCGGACAACCCCGUUUUCCCUUUACCAGUACAAAACCCUAGAAACAGACCUUCCCCCUUCAUUCUCUCUCAACGAGAUUCGUGGGCAUUUACCCGGACCUCCCUUGAGGGAACGGGCCUGUGCAACGCAGGGGUUAACUUUUCUGAAAACACAAUUAACUUUUCCCUAUUCCUGCGUGGAGUGGGGGGGAGGGGUGUAUUUAUUUCAUCACUGGGGAAUGGGGUGAUCUCCAUCCAAAUGUUCCCUCCUCCCUCAAAAGCACAGACGCUUCUUUCGCAGAUCCUACGUAGGUGGAAGAGGGAGAGAGAGAGAGAGAAAGAGAGAGAGACACACACACACACAGAAAGAGAGAGAGAGAGAGAGGGAGAGAGAGAGAGAGAGAGAGAGAGAGAGAGAGGAGGGGGAAAAGGUUGAUAGGUUUGUGCGCGGGUCCCUCGUGCGGGCUGCGCUCCUCCUGGGUGCUAUUUGACAAUUCCUGCCUCUGCCAUUGGUCAGUGUUGGAUCAGAUGGUUGUAUUUCCUUCUGGCCCUCACUGGCACCUCGCCAUCCCCCCUCAGCUAAAACCCAAUCUCGGCUAUACUACUAAUAGGCGCGGCGCUCGGACUAUAAAACACAACAAAUCAUAAACCCGCCGGAGCAGCAGCAGCCGCGCGCGCCUCCCCUCCCGAUGAGUUCCUAUUUCGUGAACUCCACCUUCCCCGUCACUCUGGCCAGCGGGCAGGAGUCCUUCCUGGGCCAGCUGCCGCUCUACUCGUCCGGCUAUGCGGACCCGCUGCGGCACUACCCCGCACCGUACGGGCCGGGACCGGGUCAGGACAAGGGCUUUGCGGCGUCCUCCUAUUACCCACCAGCCGGCGGCGGUUACGGCCGGGCGGCGCCCUGCGACUACGGGCCGGCGCCUGCCUUCUACCGGGAGAAGGAUGCGGCCUGCGCCCUCUCCGGCGCCGACGAGCCGCCCCCGUUCCAUCCAGAGCCGCGGAAGUCUGACUGCGCACAGGACAAGAGUGUGUUCGGAGAGACCGAGGAGCAGAAGUGCUCCACGCCCGUCUACCCGUGGAUGCAACGCAUGAAUUCAUGCAACAGUUCCUCUUUUGGGCCCAGCGGUCGGCGAGGCCGCCAGACAUACACUCGCUACCAGACCCUGGAACUGGAGAAGGAAUUUCACUACAAUCGCUACCUGACCCGGCGGCGGCGCAUCGAGAUCGCGCACGCCCUGUGCCUGACCGAGAGGCAGAUCAAGAUCUGGUUUCAGAACCGGCGCAUGAAGUGGAAAAAGGAGAGCAAACUGCUCAGUGCGUCUCAGCUCAGUGCGGAGGAGGAGGAAGAAAAACCAGCCGAGUGAAGGUGCUGCAAAGGGAGGGGGGACACGAAGGGAGAGGCCUGUGGGGGAACCGUGGGCACCCGAAAGCCCCAGAAGGCUCUGCGGUCGGGGGAGUCUGGGGACUUGCUCUCCAGCGCAAGACGGGCGGGGCCCAAGCGCUCUCCUGGACGUCCCCGCCCGCAGAACUCUUCCUGAGCGCUUGGAGGCUGCCCACCCAGCACCCCAGCGCCUCCUCCCUCCCCGAAGAACCCACCUUGGCCUCAUCAGACUCCCUGGUGAGAACUGAGAAUCGGACUCACUUGACGUCUCUGGAAGCAGAGCAGAAUGCUCUUGUCCUUGUCGAGUCUCAUUUCGUCCAUGUCCCCCGUGCACGGUUCAAUGGUAGAUUCUCUGUCCCCUCAGCAGGGACCUGAAAGACUCCCUAUCCCAGACUUGUCUCUCCUACCCCCUCCCCAAAACCACUGGAAGGAGCACAUACUACCUAGAAUUAAGAAGAGGAGCCUCAGAAGAAAACAAAGUUCUAUUUUAUUAAUUUUCUAUGUGUUGUGUUUGUAGUCUUGUCUUAGCUCGGGACGUGAAAUACUUCGGUAAUAAUAUUAAUAUUAUUAAUAAUGAUUAUGAUGAUGAUAAUAAUAAUAAAGACGUGAAA